CCGCCUUUCCAAAGCCUCCACAAAUUGCCACUUCAAAACCCCAUUGCGAAAACACAUGCUUCCGGAAUCAAGAACCACCCGCCACAAAAGAUUCCAGAUUGAAGACGCCCACGUAGCACCGUCAAGAAAUGGAGUGGGAUACAAUGUUCUAAUUAAAUACGUUACUGACCUUUUUCUUAAUUUCAGACCACCUAAUUGGAUGGGGGUAUUUAAGACAUCCAACCACUUGGUCCGGUUGAGCCUCACCACCUCUUGCCCUUGCUCUUCUUCCCAUUCAAUUCUCCGAUUCUUGCUUUCUUUGACUUCUGUGUCUAUUAAAGUUCCAAACUUUUCCACCUCUCAGACUCGCUUGCUUUCUUCUGUUACACAUAAGAGUAUAGUCAUGGAGCUAGCCAAGAAAGUUUCCCAUAGAGUAUCUACAUCUCCAGAUAGUAUUGCAAUAAAAUCGGAUAAAAAAAGCCAUACUUAUCGUCAGCUGGUUGAAGCUGCUAAGAACAUAUCUAACACUUUAUCCACUGCUGAUUUAAAAACUGUCAAUGGCCCUGGGAAAAACAACCAUCUUGCUGGAGCUCGUAUUGGAAUUGUUGCUAAACCUUCUCCCGAGUUUGUUGCUGGAGUGCUCGGAACAUGGUUCAGUGGAGGUGUUGCAGUUCCCCUUGCACUCAGCUACCCGGAAGCAGAGCUUCUGCAUGUGAUGAAUGAUGCGGAUAUUAUCAUGAUCCUGAGUACCGAAGAUCAUCAAGAACUAAUGAAAGCCGUUGCUGCCAAGACUUCUUCUCAAUUCUCCCUCCUUCCCCCUGUUUCAUCGACUGGAGAUGAUCACAAUAAUUCACUGGAAACUGAAGUUUCUCAUGCGAUUAGUGGAGAUGAUCCUGCACUGAUCAUCUAUACAAGUGGCACGACAGGGAAGCCUAAAGGUGCUGUGCACACACACGAAGGUAUAUUAUCACAGGUCCAAAUGCUGUCUGAUGCGUGGGGAUACACAUCUGACGAUAAGUUCUUGCAUUGCCUUCCACUACAUCAUGUGCACGGCAUGUUUAACGCGCUGCUUGCUCCGUUGUACGCUGGUUCAAUGGUUGAAUUCAUGCCGAAAUUCAGUGUAAGGGGAAUCUGGCAGAGAUGGCGAGAAUCUUACCCGGAAGACCAAACGAAAGCCGACGAUGCUAUAACUGUGUUCACCGGAGUUCCAACCAUGUACACACGUUUAAUACAAGGGUAUGAAUCGAUGGAACCUGAACUACAAACUGCUUCGGCUACAGCUGCAAGAAAGUUGCGUCUUAUGAUGUGUGGCUCUUCAGCUCUCCCUCUUCCGGUAAUGCAACAGUGGGAAUCUAUCACUGGCCACUGCCUUCUGGAACGGUACGGCAUGACAGAGUUUGUCAUGGCACUAUCGAAUCCCCUACAUGGCAAGCGGAAGGGGGGUACCGUCGGCAAUCCACUUCCUGGUGUGCAGGCCAAGCUCAUUGCUGAAGACGGUAGUACUGAUGCUGAAUCUGGCGACCUCUACAUAAAAAGUCCUUCGUUAUUCAAGGAAUAUUGGAAGCUACCCGAGGUGACUAAGGAGUCGUUUAUCGAUGGUGGUUUCUUCAAAACUGGAGAUGCCGCCAGAGUGGAUGAAGACGGAUACUAUAUCAUCUUGGGACGUACUAAUGCUGAUAUUCUGAAGGUUGGUGGCUACAAAUUAUCUGCUCUAGAAAUCGAGGCAGUUCUUUUAGAGCAUCCAACUAUUUCAGAGUGUUGUGUGUUGGGAUUGCCAGACAAAGCCUAUGGCGAAGCUGUAACUGCUAUAGUGAUACCCGAUGCAGAGAUUAAAAGGAAAGGAGACGAGGAGUUGAAGCCCGCGCUAUCUUUGGAAGAACUGUCCACAUGGGCUAAAGAGAAACUUGCACCAUAUAAGAUACCGACUCGUCUAUUGCUGUGGGAAUCGCUGCCUCGCAAUGCUAUGGGAAAGGUGAACAAGAAGGAGCUCAAGAAGAAGCUAUCUGAUGAGUGAUAAAGAGAAGAAAAUCAAGGUGAAAAUUUGAAUUUUACUAUGGUUUGUUCAAAAUGUAUUUGCAUUGGAUGCUUUUUUGAAUGAUCUGAGUUGAAAUCCCAAUUGUUUAUUUUAGGGUGAAUAUUUUUUUAUAUGUAAGUGGUAUGUAACUCAUUGAAUAAAAUAUAAUUUAGGGAUGUUAA